UCACUCUAGCUGAUGAAUGAUUGGUUGAAACUGACCGCUGUGUUCUGAUUGGUCCAUCAGAUCCAGGUGCAGUCAUGUCUGAGGGGCUGUUGAUGCAGGUGGGACCGUCUGUCCUCACACAGUCGGCCUAUCAGAGCGAGCCGUCGGCACACCUGGACAGGGGGGCGGGGCUUCGGGGUGAGGGCGGGGCCAUUCAGGUGAGCGCAUACUGUAAAGAGCUGCUGAUGAGAGGAGGAAUAGAGUUCAGCUUCGAAGAGCUGAGAGCCGAAAGAUUCAACCAACGACAAAAACAGCAGCUGGAUGAAAAGCUGCGGCAGCUGAAGGAGGUGAAGGAGCAGCUGAGUCAGGAGCUGGAGUUCAAGAAGAAACUUCUGCUGCUCAGGAGGAGUCAACAGGUGGACCAGGAAGCCUCUCAGAUCAGUGACUCUGCCGGACCUGCAGCUGCCUCCUCCUUCCAGAUCUAUGAUGAGUCUCAGCCUGCUGCUGCACAGCCUGCUGGAAACUCUGAAACGUCUCCAGAUGAGCUACAGGACGAUGUUUUCCUCCGUCCUGACGAGAGAGGACUGUGUCUACGGAUCCAGUUUCCACGACCAGGUGGAGUCGGUGCAUCUGAACUCUCUCAGACUGCAGCAGAGCUCGUCUCUCUGGACUGUGACACAGCUGCAGAUCAUCAUGGGGGGACGACUGAAGACCUCCAGACCUCCUGUCCCCCCACCGUCUCCAAACCAGCGUCCAAAAUCAGAGACAAGUUGAGUCCCAUCCAGGAGACAAGUGUGGAGGCCAGCUCGCUGUCAGCUGGACUUUGUAGUCCACUGCAGGAGCACCAGGAGCAGCAGGAGCAGCAGGCUCCAUCACCAGUGGGGGGCGUUGUGGAUCCAUGUGACCCAGAUGUACGGCGACAUCUGCUGGACCUCUGUGAUGUCACUUCCUGUCCUGACUUCCACUCAGAGUCCCGCCCACUUCCUGCUGUGGAGGAGCACAGCUGUGUGACGCUGGGGGGCGAGCUGUAUCACGUCUACUCCAGAGUUGUGGAUGGAGGAAGUUUCUCCGUCUAUAAAGGAGCGACAGAGAACGGAUACGCUGUCCUCAAGGUGGACAGCUGCUCUGCCCCCUGGGACUUCCACCAGUUUCAGCGUCUGAAGGCGAACUCGCCCAGCGCAGACAGUCUUCCUCUGAUCAGCUGUUUCCUGUUCCUGGACGGCUGUGUCACCGUCUACUCCAGCCCAGCGGGUCACAUGUUCACUGAGCUGACAGAGUGUGUUACCAGUGAGGUGUCGGUGGGUUAUAAAGCUGUCGGCCUGCUGCAGCUGGUGUCACAGCUUCACUGCUGCAGGCUGCUGCACGGAGCACUGCAGCCAAACAUCCUCACCUGUUCUCAAAGAGGUUUCCUGAUUCCUGACUGGGUGUUUCCGGUGGACUGGUCGUCCUCGGUGGAUCUGGAUCUCCAGGGUGUCAUCGGAUCCGUCCAGCAGGUCCCCUCAGCUCAGACUUACAUCAGUCUGGGUCUGCUGCAGCCAACUGACACGCCACAGCUGGUGGACCUGGUGGGCCUGGCUGAAACUGUCCACCUGCUGCUGACCAACAGCAAGAUGGUCCCAGUGAAACGACUGAUUUGA